AUGAAGAAAAAGGACGCAAAAGGGUAAGUGGUACUGGCUAGGUGUGUCGUCUUUUUGAUGUUCUAGGCUUUUGUCUUCAUUUUUUACAUUUUUCUGAUUUUGAGUACUACAUUUUAGUACUGUGAAUUGGCUAUAAAAUGAUUUUACUGUAUAUUGAGUUAGGUUGUGACUGAAAUUCAUUGUUUUGCCUAAUUUUCUCGGUGUUUUGGUACUGCUUUCUAGUAUUCUUCAAAAUAGUGAUAACCCUGAGUUUUGUGAACAAUAUUGUAUGUAGUGUUCUGUCAUAACUUUUGUAAUUUUCAGAGGAAAGAGUGGAAAAGCACCGGCCUCCAAGGGAGCAAAGUCGCGCAUAGAGAAGACAAAGGACGAAGCACCGCCGCCUGUGAGUAUCAGUUUUAUUUUUUUUGUUUUUUUUGUAUUUCGAGUAUUUUGAAGAGCAUUCUAAAUUACAAGUUUUCAGGAAAAACCAAAAGUGGCAGCAUUCUCGGCGGAUUCGAAGAUUUAUGUUAAGAAGUGGUACAACGCCAUUCUGGAUCGCGGAGUAGCGGCGCUUCAGGCCGAAUUCGCCGAAAUAAAACGCUACUGCCCCAAGGAUAUGGACGUGAAGACAUUCAACGCCAACUGGGAAGCCGGCCGAUGCCGCUACAAGGAUGUGCCGUGCCAGGAAGCAGCGAGAGUCGCACUGAAGUGGCCCGGACUACAGUACGACUUUAUCCAUGCCAAUUACGUGCCAACUCCAAAGUCUCAGAAACGCUACAUUUGUACGCAGGUAGGAGGGCUUAGUUUGGUAUUAUGGUAGGGAUUUAUUAGGGUAGGGGCAAAGAAAUUUUGAUUUUAAAAUUUUCUUUUUCAUUUUCUUAGCUGCUUAGUAAAACCUUUUUCUAAUUAAAUUUUCGGUUUUCAGGGACCUCUCGACUCUACUGUAGCCGACUUCUGGCGGAUGGUAAUCCAGGAGGAAACCGAGCAGGUCAUCAUGUUAUGCAACUGCAUCGAGAAGGGCAUGGACAAGUGCGCCCAGUACUGGCCGAAAGACCCGAACCAGACCGUACAGUACGACGGAGACAAAAUUACGGUAACCAACUUGGGCAAUGGUCCCCUGCCGCCCGACGAUCACAGCGUGGUUCGUACGAACCUGAUGAUCAAGUGGAAGUUGGAGGGCAAGUCGAACGAGCGCGAAAUCCGCCACUACCAAUGGGUGGACUGGCCGGAUCGUGGCGUCCCUGCUGGACUGAACUCCGUCUUCAACUUGUUGUCUACGGUCAGAGGAAGCGAGAAGCCCAUCGUCGUCCACUGUUCGGCGGGAAUCGGUCGCACCGGCUCGAUCGUCUCGAUCGCUUACAUCAUGGAACGGUUCCAGAUGGCCCAACCCUGCGAAGAUAUGGCCGAGAUCUUUCGCGAGAUCCGCAACUUUCGGCCGUACUCGAUUCAGAAUGAAGUCGUGAGUAUUUGGUCCUAUUUGUAAAAAUAUUGGGGCUUUUUAAACAUUAAAAAGGUUUUGUCGUUAUUUUACAUUGAUUUUCACUAUGAAAAACGACAAAACUUUUUUUAAUUUAUCUAAAAUUGAAGUAAAAUGUUAUAGUAGACAAGAAAAUUAUUAAUUCUUUUCCUUUUCAGCAGUACCUGUUCGUCCACCGUGUCAUCCUGUUCUACUUUGCCGAGCGCAACCGGACCUACGACGUUAAUGACCCACGCUACGUCAAGUUCGUGGAGGAGUACAACAAGGCCGUCGCGUGA